CCAGGGCGUGUUUACGGCGUUUGGCCCCGGUCGUCACGAAAAAAAACAGUGGCCGCCCCGACAUAAACAUCCACCACAGCCCACCACCUUAGCUCUCUUCUCCUCCUCCCAUCUCGAAGCCCUUCUUGAUUUCCUUGUCUUGUUUUUCUUCUCCCCCAACAACCAUCAGCAAGCAUUUACAAAUUGCAUUCGGCGACAGCAUCAUCUUCUCCGCCCGCUUCGUCAUCAUCUUUUUUACCAUUUAUUUUUUUCCACGGCCAAUUCCAUCUAUCACGUAAAAGAGAAAAGAGGGACCCUCCGGCGAUAAACACACAUCCUGCAUUCCAUCCGGCGUGUUUUGGCUGUGUCUCUGAUCUUGUCUCUCAGCGACCCGCGACCGGCAUUCUACUCUAGCCUCCACCUCCACACAACUCCUAGUUAUAUAUCCUAACUAGAUCCUUUCUCCAGAAUCAUGCCUCUUCCCCAGGCUACUCGCACCACCCGUGCCACACGGCCCGUUACCGACGAGAACACCGCUGCUCCCAUCACCAGAGCCAAGGCUGCCAACCUGACCGUCGACGAAGUCAACAUGCCUGUCAAGGGAGCCCUCCAGGCCAAGAAGGUCGCCAACACCACCACCGCCGCUGGCCUCCGCAAGCGUGCCGCCCUCGGAGAUGUGAGCAACAUGGCCAAGACCGAUGCCGUUGAAGGCAAGAAGGUUGCUGGCAAGGUUGGCCUCGUCUCCAAGGCUUCCGCCGGUGUCCAAAAGGCUACUGCCCGUACUGCCACUCGCCCUGCUCUCGCCACCAAGGAAACCAAGAAGGCCGCUGCCCCCGUUGAGGCUAAGCCUGCUCGCUCUGGAUCUGGCGCUGCCACCGUUGGCAAGAAGAGAACCUACUCCACAAAACACAGCGUCGUUGCUGAAAAGGACGUUGAGCAGCCCGCUGCCAAGAGAUCGAAGGAAUCUCCCGCUGUCGAGGCUCCUCAGGAAGUCUUCCCUGACGUCGAUGACGACGACCUCGAUGACCCCCUGAUGGUUGCCGAGUACGCCACCGAAAUCUUUGAGUACCUCCACGAGCUGGAAAUCAAGUCCAUCCCCAACCACAACUACAUGAACCACCAAGAUGACCUCGAGUGGAAGACGCGUGGUAUCCUCGUCGAUUGGUUGAUUGAGGUCCACACCCGCUUCCACCUUCUCCCUGAAACCCUCUUCCUCGCCGUCAAUAUUGUCGACCGCUUCCUCUCGGAAAAGGUUGUCCAGCUUGAUAACUUCCAGCUGGUCGGUAUCACUGCCAUGUUCAUUGCCUCCAAGUACGAAGAGGUUCUCUCCCCCCACGUUGAAAACUUCAAGCGCAUCACCGACGAUGGCUUCAGUGAGUCUGAGAUUCUCAGCGCUGAACGCUUUGUCCUUAGCACCCUCGAGUACGAUCUUAGCUACCCCAACCCCAUGAACUUCCUCCGACGCGUCUCCAAGGCGGACAACUAUGACAUCCAGUCCCGCACCGUCGGCAAGUACCUCAUGGAGAUUGCCCUCCUUGACCACCGCUUCAUGAAGUUCCCCCCCAGCCAGAUUGCUGCUGCUGCCAUGUACCUGGCCCGUCUCAUGCUCGACCGUGGUGUCUGGGACAAGACCCUCGCCCACUACUCCACCUACACUGAGGAGGAGGUUGAACCCAUUGUUCACUUGAUGGUUGACUACCUUGCCCGCCCCGUUGUCCACGAGGCCUUCUUCAAGAAAUACGCCAGCAAGAAGUUCCUCAAGGCCUCCAUCCUCUCCCGCCAGUGGGCCAAGAAGAACGCCGAGCUCUUUGGCAUUGUCGACACCGAAGUCAGCCUGUACAUGUUAUAAUGAGCAUGAUGAUGAUCCUAAUUUUUUACCAAUCCUAAUCGCGUUCUCGGCUCACUAACGCCACCGCUUGAGACGCGUCUUCUACUUUUAUCACGCACACAUACGCUUUAGAUUCCGACAUCUACCGCUUUGACUCCAGGACAAUGGCAGCGCGUCUCGCCUGGGACAUUCACUGUGGUAUCUGCAUAGCCCACAUCUUUCUUCUACACACAUAUUUUCUUCUUUUUCUUGAAGCAUGGAUCCUCGUUUUUUCUCGUUUUUCAUACACCACAUGGCGCAUGGGCGUUGAAUAUUGUUUCUUAUGACAAAAGACGGGUUUGGAAGAACACGUUUGUUCUUCUUCACAUUCGGCAGGCCGGAGUUGUGGUGGACGCUGUCGCGGCAGCUUAACAUUUUAAGCUUUUGUUUUUUUUUCAUCUUGAUGCUUUUGGACGUGUUUUUUGAAUGGUCUCUGCGCCGAUGGAUGCUGGAGCCCUCAGUGGCAUUGGAUGUCUUUGUAUGACGUUUGGUAUUGUCGUUUGGGUAUUUAGCUGAGAUCGUUUUUGUAUAUAUGCAAGAGUCACCCAUGAACAAAGUAUGCUUUUUACCGUU